AUGUACUCUUCAACCAAUAGUGCUACCAAUCCUUUUCCAAACCUUUCCACUUCUCCUUGCAUUGCUGACCAUGAAAAUAGUGAUAUUUUCUUUUGCCACCACCACAACCCACUCACAAUUCCUUUAAUCCCAACCAUCCCAAUACAACCCACUGAGACCGAGCUGAACAUGGCAGCUUCAAGCAACGCCAUGAUGUCUGAACAAGAUGUUCAUGCUCUCAAAGGCGAACAACACAACCCUUCUCAUAUUCUUGCUGGAAAAGGAUCUGUGAAGAAAGAUAGGCACAGUAAAAUCUACACAUCUAAAGGCUUGAGAGAUAGGAGAGUGAGAUUAUCUAUUGAAAUCGCCCGUAAGUUCUUUGAUCUCCAAGACAUGUUAGGGUUUGAUAAAGCAAGUAAGACCCUAGACUGGCUGCUCACUAAAUCAAAAAAAGCCAUUAAAGAACUAUCACUGAAUGGAGGCUUGAAAAGUUUAUCUUCUACUUCUACUAAUUGUGAAGUUGUUUCUGAUACUGGUGACCUAGAGGAGAGAGUAAUUUCAAAGAGUGAGUCACUAACCGGUCUUUCUGAUGAGAAAAUUAGGAUGAAGAAGUUGCAAAACACAGCAGUCAAUGUUCUUGCUAAAGAGUCAAGGGAAAAGGCUAGAGAAAGAGCAAGGGAAAGGACUAGAGUGAAAAUGUGCACUAGAAGGCUCCAUGUGCCAAAAAAAUUUCCCGACUCCAGCCAUAGUUGCUUGAACCAGCCAAGGUCCUGGAGCCAACAAAUUGAAGGUCAUGAGCAAGUUGAAGGUCCAAGCUCUCACUACUUAUUUGCCAAUCAAUCGCCUAAAGGAAACAUCAUCGAAGAAUCGAUAGUGAUCAGAAGGAAGUUUAGGCCAUCUGCAACAAUGGGUUAUCAGCAAAACCUUCUAUUGUUAAAAGAUGCAAGGUGCAACUACAGCAGCGGCAGCACCAGCUACUUACCUAAUUUAGCCCAAAAUUGGGACAUUAGCAGUGCAAUUGCUCAUUCCAGCUUCCGUGCUAUUAACAACAUGAAUCCGUCUGCAGGUUUGUUAUGA